AUGUCUGGAGAUACAGCUGAUCCACAAGACGGCAUUCCUGCCCCGGAGGCUAUAGCGAUGUAUCUAUACGACAAUCGGCAGCGCAAACUGUCGUUGCAAACUCAAAUGGGGCUGCAAAAGGAUAGAGAAGCCUUGACAGACAUGAUCCUUGUCGCCCGCAAGGCUGCCUCGACGCAUCUAGAGCUUGAUAGGCCCAACUUCCGCGAGCAGCGCCCAGAAACAUUGGUGACCAUUACGGAUGAGGUCUUGAAGGAGUGGGCGCAGGAAUGGGACGCGUUCGAAGACCUUCGACUGCCCGUGCUAGCAUUCGACCUGGUCCCGGAAGACAUUCAGCAGGCUUCACAGGAUCCCACCGUUGAACGGCAGCCCGCUGACCCUAUGAAAGAAGCCAAGCGUUCAAACUCAAGGACCAGUACGGGAAUAGAGCAGACAAGUCCUGGUCGGCCUCUUGCGUCAACUCCUGAAGCAUCGGGGGCCAUCCCGAGUUUCCUGUACGGUUUGAAGUUUCCCUCUCACGAUGCUGAGAAGAUAGCGCGUCUGUUGAAGAGCAUGGGCGUAGAGGACAAGGAGUUUCUUGAGAUACUCGCAACUUUGGAAAUGCGAAACCAAUGGCUCGAUGAGCUUCGUGAGGAGGGGGAUCUCACGCCGAUACAAGCCCGGCUACUCAAGGAAGGCCUUGACAGACUGGGUCGGGAUGCUAAAUGA